AGUAAGGAGGUUCUGCAACUUCCGAGCUUCAACUCUACCUUGGUGUCACCUAGCCAAGAUGCCCUAUUCUUCUCCCUUAAAUAAAAUCUCUGACUACUCUGCAAAUCUGAGAUAAAAUUUUCAAUUAAUAUUAGUCCUUAGCUGGUGAACUUUCAUAGGCACAAAGUGAAACAAACCCAACAACUAAGAGAUUAUUAAAAUUUUUAAUUAAUGUACAGUCUCAUAAUUGAUAAUACUAUGUCGUACCACUAAUUAGUAAAUAUUAUUAAGACACAACCAAGAUAGUCUGAAAGUCUGAAACAGAGUAUAUUGGUGAGGGAAGUUUGGUUUUGGGUGAGCUGUGCGUCUUUGCUGCCCCCCCUCUUACGAACUCCCUUCACAUGGUCCCCUGAAUAUCAUAAAUCUCUUAUUAGUUAUUGUUGUUUCUUCCAUUAUCAUCAUCAUCACCCUCACCUUUUUUUUUUCUCUUUCUUUGUUUCUUUUUUGUUUUUCUGAAAGAUACAGAGAGAUGUGGGAUUGCUGUGAAAAAUCAUGAGCUCCUUCUGUAAAAGCUUUGAUCACCAUUUAUGGUGGAAAAUUCUGGUUUUUCUGCUUCUCAUUUCGGUUCAGUCUUCUUCUGGGCUAAACAUUGAUGGGCUAUUAUUGUUGUCUCUGAAGUACAGCAUUGUUAAGGAUCCUCUUGGUGUUUUACAGAGCUGGAAUGUUCACGGUGAUACGCCUUGUUCGUGGUAUGGAGUUACCUGCGGCGAGCAAGGCUCGCCGGAGGCUUUCCGGGUUACUAAUUUGUCCUUGCCUAAUUCUCAGCUUCUUGGCUCCUUGCCGGCUAACCUUGGUAUGAUCCCUUUCUUAAAAAGUCUUGACCUUUCUAACAAUUCCAUCAAUGGGUCACUUCCUCUGUAUCUUUUCCAUGCUUCUGAGCUUAGGGUUCUUGAUUUCUCGAAUAAUUUGAUUUCCGGUGAGCUGCCGGAGCUUGUGGGUGGCCUGAAACAGCUCCAGGUUCUUAACCUUUCCGACAAUGCUUUGUCCGGUGUGAUUCCGGGGAAUUUAAGCGUUCUUCCUAAUUUGACUGCCGUUUCUUUGAAGAAUAAUUACUUUUCCGGUUCACUUCCUAGUGGGUUUGCUUCGCUUGAGUUCUUAGAUCUGUCUUCUAAUCUUGUUAACGGUUCACUCCCGCAAGACUUCGGUGGCAGUAAUUUCCGUUACCUCAACAUAUCGUUCAACAGAUUUUCCGGCGAAAUCCCGCCUGAAUUUGGUGACAACUUCCCCUCAAACGCAACCAUAGAUCUCUCUUACAAUAACUUCACGGGUCAAAUUCCUGACUCUACCAUUUUCCUUAACCAAAACCCGCAAUCAUUUUCUGGGAAUUCAGAAUUAUGCGGUUCCCCGUUGAAGAAUCUUUGUCCUAUUCAUUCUAAUAUUGCCACCCAACCCAAUGCCUCUUCCCCUGACUCCCCACCGGCAAUAGCAGCAAUCCCCAAGACAAUUGACUCAAACCCCGCCGCGGCGGCGUCGCCAGGUUCCGACAAUCAAGGCGGCGGACAGAGGGGUAAUAAUGGGAUGAAAACCACCACGAUUGUGGGCAUCGUAGUCGGUGAUGUUGCCGGAAUCGGAAUUCUGGCGUUGGUUUUCCUUUACGUCUAUCAGUUAAAGAAAAGAAGAAGCAUCAAAAGCAGCAUGAAAAAGGAGAACGAAAGCGUUAAAGACUUUGACUGGGCAUCAUCUGACUCGGAAGAAUACAGUUGGUUGAGGUCAUGGACGUGUUUGAGAAAGCAGAGAGACGAAAAUGGCGGUGAAGAAUCAUCGGAAGCAAACAGUUCGGAAUCCGAGGAAGACGACCGAACCUCCCAAUCCCAAAUGGGUCAUCCACAAAACAAUCCGAAUCUACAACAAGAUCACAAAAACGGCGAACUUGUGACUGUUGAUGGAGAUAAAGAACUGGAAUUGGAAACGUUGCUUAAGGCUUCUGCAUACAUUUUGGGCGCCACCGGAUCAAGUAUAAUGUAUAAAGCUGUUCUUGAAGAUGGAACAACAUUAGCCGUCCGUAGGAUUGGUGAAAGUGGGGUGGACAGAUUCAGAGAUUUUGAGAACCAAGUCAGAGUGAUUGCUAAAUUGAUUCAUCCAAAUUUGGUAAAGAUUCGUGGGUUCUACUGGGGUGUCGAUGAAAAACUAAUCAUCUACGAUUUUGUCCCAAAUGGAAGCUUGGCCAAUGCUCGUUACAGGAAAGCGGGCUCUUCACCUUGUCAUUUACCUUGGGAGGUAAGGCUCAAGAUAGCUAAAGGAGUGGCUCGAGGUCUAUGUUACAUCCACGACAAAAAGCACGUGCAUGGUAACUUGAAGCCUAGCAACAUCCUCUUGGGUGCAGAUAUGGAGCCCAAGAUUGGCGAUUUUGGGCUCGAGAGGCUCGUGAUUGGAGAAAACAGCUCUAAACCCGGUGGAUCUUCGCGCAUUUUCGGCAGCAAGAGGUCCACGGCUUCGAGAGAGAGCUUUCAAGAUUUCACAUUUGGACCAACUCCGAGCCCGAGUCCUAGCGCGCUGGGUAUAUCGCCUUACCAUGCACCGGAGUCCCUACGUAGCCUAAAGCCCAACCCGAAAUGGGACGUGUUCGCAUUCGGGGUAGUGUUGUUAGAACUGUUGACUGGGAAAAUCACGGUAACAGAUGAAACAGGCCCAGGCCAAGGCCCAGUGAAUGGUUCAACUGCAUUAGAUGCCGAAGAGAAGAACAAAGUAUUGAAAAUGGCAGACGUGGCAAUUAGAGGUGAUGUAGAAGGCAAAGAGGAAGCAUUUUUGAGUCUGGUGAAAGUAGGGUAUAGUUGUAUAUCUCCAGUUCCACAGAAGAGACCAACCAUGAAAGAAGUCCUUCAAGCUCUUGACAAGUUCCCUUCUUCUUCUUCUUCAGCUUCUUUUUUCUAUGGCCACUAAGUAGAGAGAGAUGUCACCUGUGUAUUUAUGAAAUGAUUGACAAAUAGAAGAGCCCCCCCUUCCUUCUUUUUUUUUUGGCCUUUUCUUCUUCUUUUGAUCUGUUAGACAGUCUUGGUUGUGAAGAUGAGUGAUAGAGAAAUUGAGUUCCUAGGUUCUUCCCCUGCAAAGUUCAUACUUCUUUUAGUACUACUCUAGAUGUUGUUGUCUUCUAACAUCAGAAUAACAUGUGCUAAUUUAGUGCUUGUAGUAUUUCAUCUUCUAUUUCAAGUGAAUUAAGUGAUUUCCACUUCCCUCUUUCUCCGUCUCCUUCUAUUUAUACUUGUAGAAUACUUUAUUUCUUC